AUGGAGGAUUACUGUAAAAGAACUGAUGAAGGUCAGGUUUCGAAAGGGUUUGUACUGGCAGACCCUUCUAACUUUGAUAUUAAGAAUUAUGUGCUUUCAAGUUUAAGAGACAAUCCAUUCGACGUGAACGCGAUUAGAGACCCGUGGAAGCAUCUUGCACGUUUCUAUGAAACAACUUCGAUGUGCAAACUAAUCAAUGUCACUGGUGACCAGGUUAAGUUGAGGUUGUUUGGGUUCUCACUAAUUGGAAGGGAUAAGGAUUGGUUAUGUUUCCUUCCAAAUGGAACAAUUCAAACUUGGAAGGAAUUGGAGGACAAAUUCCUAGAAAGAUUCUUCACCACUACUCAGUUUACCGAGUGA